AUGGCUUUUGCAGGUAAGGUUGUUGUACUAGGUGGUGACUUUCGACAUAUUCUUCCAGUCAUACCGAUGGGAUCACGUCAAGAUAUUGUUCAAGCUUCCAUUAAUUCAUCUUACCUCUGGGAUCACUGCUCAGUCUUGAAUUUAACAAGGAAUAUGCGUUUAGCAUCUUCUGAUAUUUCCGAAGACAAUAGUGAGGUUAACGAAUUUGCCAAGUGGCUUAUCCAGAUUGGUGAUGGAUUCGCCGGUGAUUCUACAGAUGGUGAGUCAGAAGUUUUGAUUCUAGAUGACAUGCUCAUAAAUGAUACUGAAGAUGGUUUUGGAGAGUUGGUACAUUUUGUCUAUCCAAAUAUUGUUUCUAACUUGAACCACACUGAUUACUUCAAGGAACGUUCGAUUCUUGCUCCCACAUUAGAAGUUGUGAAUGAGGUGAACAACAGUAUUAUGAGUCGACUACCUGGAGAACAGAAAGUUUAUCUUAGUUCUGAUUCUCUAUGUGUUGAAGAAGGUAAUAUGGAGUCUGAGUUAGACACAUUUUCACCUGAUGUUUUGAAUGCGAUUAAUUGUUCAGGUUUACCUCCACACCAAAUAUGCUUGAAGGAAGGUGUACCAGUUAUGUUGCUUCGGAACAUUGAUCAGUCUAAUGGGUUGUGCAAUGGCACGAGAAUGCAGGUUCAUUGUUUAGGUAAUCAUGUAAUUGAGUGCAUUAUAUUGACGGGGGACCAGACAGGCCGAGUUGUGCUCAUUCCACGCAUGGACAUGAUACCAAAUAAUGACACACUCCCUUUUAGGUUCAGAAGGAGGCAAUUCCCUUUGAUUGUUUCAUUUGCAAUGACUAUAAAUAAGGCGCAGGGACAGACUUUGGGUGUUGUUGGGCUAUUUUUGUCGAAACCCGUUUUUACACAUGGACAACUGUAUGUUGCACUCUCUCGAGUAAAAUCAAAGAAAUGCCUUAGAGUGCUGAUUCAGAAUAAUGGUACCAUGCCCAAGGGUAGUACAAUAAAUGUAGUAUUCAGGGAAAUUUUUAACAAUAUUUUUUGA